AUGGCCGGCGGAGCUAAGAAACCAGUCAAUAUCUUCCGCCUCAAGGACCUCGGCGAGCCCAAGGAGGUCUUCAACUGGCGGCUAUGGUUUGCAGUUGUCUCUUUUGGUCUGAUGGGCGCUGCCCGAGGUGUCGAUGAGGGCUUGAUUUCAGGUGCUUUCAAUUCUAAGGAUUUCCAAAAAUACAUCAACUACGAAUCGUACAGCGAGGUGGAACAGACCAAUAUCAAGGGAAAUGUCACUGCCAUGGUCCAGAUUGGAUCUGUUGCAGGUGCACUUUUUGCCUUCUUAGUAUGUGAUCGCAUCGGCCGUCUCUGGGCAACUCGCCAGCUUUGUGUGCUCUGGAUCCUUGGAAUCGCUAUUUUCAUGGGGAAUGGCGGCAGCCUGGGCGCUGUGUAUGCCGGUCGCUUUAUUGCGGGACUGGGUGUUGGCCAGACUGUCGUCGUGGCUCCGGUAUACCUUGCUGAAAUUGCUCCUGCUUCGAUCCGUGGUCUCUGUACCUGUGUCUUCACAGGCUUCGUCUAUCUGGGUAUUGUGCUUGCAUAUUUCGCCAACUAUGGCUGCGAGCUCAAUCUCGGCGACGCCACUCACAACCGAUGGCUCGUUCCCACCAGUCUCCACAUCAUGUUCGCCGGCCUCAUCUUCCUUCUCUCAUUCAUCCAGUAUGAAUCCCCCCGAUAUCUCGUCAAGCGCGGUCAGCACGAACGGGCCAUCACCGUUCUCUCAAGACUCCGUGGCCUAUCCGCCGACGACGAAUACGUCGUCCGCGAAUUCUCCGCAAUCCAAGUCUCCCACGAAGCCGAGAUGGAAGCAACAAUGGGUUCCGGCCCAAUAGGCGUCAUCAAGGAAACCUUCCUGGUCCCUUCCAAUCUCUACCGAGUCUACCUGACAUUCAUGGCGCAGCUUCUCUCGCAGUGGUCCGGUGCCGGCAGUAUCACCGUCUACGCACCAGACCUUUUCAAGCUCCUCGGAAUCACCGGCAACAACGAAUCCCUUCUGGUCACAGCCGUCUUCGGAAUCAUCAAGCUGGUCGCCGCAAUUCUCUGCGCGCUAUUCCUGGUCGACGUAAUCGGCCGCAAGCGAGCCCUCCUCCUCGGCAUUACCUUACAGGGAAUCGCCAUGCUCUAUAUCGCCGGCUUCUUAACCGCCGUUCCCGAAAUGGGUGUCGUUGACAGCUUCGUGCUACCAGCGAACAAGAAGGGCGCCAGUGAAGGCGCAAUUGCAAUGAUUUACCUGUCGGGCUUUGGCUGGGCGCUCGGCUGGAACUCGAUGCAGUACCUUCUCACUGCUGAGCUCUUCCCGCUGCGUAUCCGCGCGCUUUGCACUUCCAUGGCUAUGACUCUUCACUUUGCCAACCAGUAUGGCAAUGCCCGUGCGGUUCCUAAUAUGCUUCUCCCCGUGGCCCAGGGUGGAAUUGAUCCUAAGGGUACUUUCUGGUGCUUCGCUGCUAUUACCGUUGUCGGUGGUGUCUGGGUCUGGUUCAGUAUCCCCGAGACAAGUGGUCGCUCCCUGGAGAGUAUGGACCGUCUGUUUGCUUUGCCUUGGUAUAAGAUUGGUCGGUAUGGUAACCAGGAUGCCGAUGAGCGGGAUCAGGUUGUCAAUGAGAAGAUGGAGGUUGAGAUGCAGGCUCAUGGAGCUGCUGAACAUGUUGAGAGACAGAACUCAACUAGCAGAGUUUGA